UUCAGCUGGAGUGAUCCGUUCAGCAACAUCUUUCAUGCCUUGGUCUCGUAAAAUCCCUAUAAACGAAGGAUAUCAUGAAUUUCUUUAGUCAAAUGCUGGCCAUUCAGUUUUCUUGAUAUUUUCUUUUGAGAGAAUUAUUUGAUCAAUGAUGAGAGUUGUGCCAAUAUCUCGCCAUUUGCCAGCUUUACAAUCUAGAUAAUACCUGGUCUUGCUUGUGGAAAGAAGAGACUUACAGACUCAAAUAUGUGUUUCACCAAUUCAGUCCAGCAAGAUACAGCAACUCAUUCAAAAAGCCCUUCCCUUGUAACUUCUCAGACCACUGAUGAUUUUCACAUCUCAAUCUUACCCGGUCUGCCUGAUGAUGUUGCGAAGUAUUGCCUUGCUCUUGUUCCUCGUUCCAAUUUCCCAGCCAUGGGUGGUGUCUGCAAGCGUUGGAGAUCAUUUAUGCAAAGCAAAGAAUUCAUCACCGUUCGGAAACUAGCUGGCCUGCUUGAGGAGUGGCUCUAUCUACUCACUAUGGACGGUGAAGGGAAGGGCAGCUACUGGGAGGUCUUGAAUUGUCUGGGACAAAGACACUGUGUCCUCCCACCAAUGCCGGGCCCCAUCAAGUCUGGAUUUGCGGUGGCAGUUCUCAACGGAAAGCUUCUUGUCAUGGCCGGCUACUCAAUGAUAGAUGGAACUGGCUCUGCCUCAGCAGAUGUUUACCAGUAUGAUUCUUGCCUCAACAGAUGGAGCAAGUUAGCAUACAUGAAUGUGGCUCGCUACGAUUUUGCUUGUGCAGAAGUUAAUGGCAUGGUUUACGCAGUUGGGGGUUACGGGAUGGAUGGCGAGUCUCUCUCCAGUGCUGAGGUGUACAACCCUGAGGAUGACAAGUGGACCUUAAUUGAGUCUCUUCGCCGUCCAAGGUGGGGCUGCUUUGCGUGUGGGUUUGAGGGAAAGCUUUAUGUUAUGGGCGGAAGGUCAAGCUUUACUAUUGGGAACUCAAGAUUCGUUGAUGUAUACAACCCUGAGAGGCACGCAUGGUGUGAGAUGAAAAAUGGUUGUGUGAUGGUCACAGCUCAUGCUGUGUUGGGAAAGAAGCUAUUUUGUAUGGAGUGGAAGAAUCAGCGGAAACUUGCUAUUUUCAACCCGGGGGACAAUACAUGGAAGAUGGUACCGGUUCCUGUUACCGGGAGCUCAAGGAUUGGUUUCCGAUUUGGGACACUGGAUGAAAAGCUUUUAUUGUUCUCGCUAGAGGCGGACCCUGGCUAUCACACCCUGUUGUAUGACCCGAAUGCAUCCUCGGGCUCAGAGUGGCAGGUUUCUCAGAUAAAGCCGUCUGGUUUGUUCUUGUGCUGUGUCACAAUCAAGGCAUAAGACGAGUACGUUUGGAUUAGGUAAGGACACCUAUUACUUCUCUUGCUGUCUGAAUUAAACAUUGAUUUCUCCCUGAUUUCAUUGUUCUUUCUUUUCUUUUCUUUUCUUUGGCUGGAGUGACAAUUUUUUUGACAUUUUGUUAUCAAGUUUUAUAUUAUCCAUUUAUGAAUUAUUACCAACUUUACUGCACUCUCUGGGUGUUGUGGAUAAGACAGGUAUCUUUGUAAAUACUUUUUCAUUGCUGUACUUGAUCUGAAAAA